GUGUGUGUGUGUGUGUGUGUGUGUGUGUGUGUGUGUGUGUGUGUGUGUGUGUGUGUGUGUGUGUGUGUGUGUGUGUGUGUGUUUGUCUGUCUCUGUCUGUCUGUCUGUCUGUCUGUCUGUCUGUCUGUCUGUCUGUCUGUCUGUGUGUGUGCGUGCGUGCGUGCCUCGGGUGUAGUUUUAAUUAGUCUCGUUUGCCUGCAUGUGUGUGUCUGAGGUCAAGUGCAAACACGUUAGUAAGUGAGUGCGUGCUUGUUCAAACGCACGUGUAUACCCACCACGUGUGUGUGUGUGUGUGUGUGUGUGUGUGUGUGUGUGUGUGUGUGUGUGUGUACGUCAUUCUGUUUUCUUCAUUUAUUAUAUACGCUGAGAUACGUGUCCUAAUCUCAGCAUAUAAACUCGUGCACAGAUGUGUGUGUGUGUGUGUGUGUGUGUGUGUGUGUGUGUGUGUGUGUGUGUGUGUGUGUGUGUGUGUGUGUGUGUGUGUGUGUGUGUGUGUGUGUGUGUGUGUGUGUGUGUGUGCAUACGUGCAUUAACGCACAAGCAAAUAAUAGAACGUGAAUAAAAACUGAAGACAGGUGGCCGCGGUGAGGGCGUGGAGGCGCGCACCGUGACAGCAUAUGGCGUGGGACUAGCGGUGGUGGCAGUGGUGGUGGCGGUAGUGGAGUAUUACCUGGUUACCUGAGGGAAGAGGAAGGCUGGGGUCGGCCUGUCUUCCCUCCCCCCCGGGCCUGUACACUGAGCUCAGUCAUCGCACCGCCGCGCUCAGCUCCGGGACGCGCUGCUGUACAUCCAAGGGUACACACUGCUAGCCUUGUAGUGAACCACGGUAGUAGCAGCAGUAGUGGUGGUCGAGGUGCUACGCGAGUACUUAUAAAACACGUACAUGGAACUAUACCAAUUGACUGUAUACAAAAACGAGAGUAGUGAUUGAAAAGUGUGAUGAAUCGUGCAAGUCACCCAAAUGAGGAGAGUGUUCAGUGGUGAUCCAGGAGUUAGGAGUGACUGAGUGCCGCAUCAAGGUCGCCUCACACUGAUUGCUACUCAUCCCUGUUCCGGUACCCGCCAAUCCUUCCCUCGCCGUCCUCUCCCCCGCGAUGAGGUGACGGUCCCAUCCCGCGCUGCUGUGAGGGCGGCGACUCACGACCCGCCACCGAGGAAAUCAAUUACAUCAUCAGGUGGCGCACAACGGGAUGAGGCGGCGGGAGGCACUGAUGGAGGAAGGCGACCCCCACCCCACGGAGGACGGGAAGCCGGUGGAAAAUGUAACGGAAGGGAGAGAAGUGGAGCUAGAAACUACGCCAGGGAAGGUGGAAGAGGAAGAGAAGGAACACGAAGAGAACACCGUAGCAGAGUCAAGAGCCCUGAACAGCACAGACGGCGUGGAGGGGCGAGGUCACCAUGGCGUGCUGGAGGGUCACCGCCCAGCCAAGAUCAUCGUGACAGCAAAUCGCAGACGAGGCCACCCGGCGGAGGACACCCACGCCCUGGACCGCAACCUGCCUCCCCCCCGCCUGAUGGAUGCCCCCCACCAUCCUCCCCACUCGGACUACCUCGUUAACUACCCAGGGGCCAGGUUAAGGGUUGCCGCUCCCCGCCCCUCUCACCACACAUCACAUAGGGUGGAGGAGGCCGUCAACAGGAGGGAAGAGCCCCAUUCCAUUAUGUUCGGCUCGUCAAGUCUCUCCACCAGCACCUACCACCACCACCACCACCCCACCCGCCACAGGGAGGAGGACUACCGCGCAGGUCACGUGGUACCGCGGGAGCCAAUCAAGUAUUACAAAGCCGGGGGAGUGUCGCCCACACCCGCCACCCUCGCCCAGCCCACGCCGAGGCCCCGCACGCACCCAGGCCAACCCCCGCGACCACCCGGGCCCCUGCAUGACCCCCAGCAACCUCCCCACCUACACAUGCAGCCUCCCCCCACCCCCGAGCAGCCCUAUCACCCCCCAGAGCAGCACCAGGAGUCAGGAUCCCCCCCUUUCCGCCCCUCUAAGCUGCUGCCCCCCACACGCCGCUCCACCACCGCCACUACCCCCGCCGCCUCCACCCGUAACCCCCACACGCAGCAGAGUGAGUUACGAGACAUCCUUCACGUGAACAGAGCGCAGUCUCUCCCCCGCCGUCCCUCCCCGCCACGUCGCCCCAGCACCCCGCCCCGUUCGCCCCCACGCCAGCCCAGCCCAUCACCCCCUCCCCCUGCACGCCGCGGACAAGUCGUGAACGCUCCCAGACCGGCUUUCUCAGUUCUGGCCGCAGGGGAGGACGCCACGGCUUCCCUCACGCCCCUGGCCACCAUCAGCAAGUCCGGGGUACCGAGAACAGAGAUAGGGCACCGGGCGGGGGGCGUCAGCAGGGGCCGCGACUCCCCCACCAGGCCACACAGGAGACCCACUGGCCGGGUCACGAGGCCUGCCGGGGGGCGCUACACAUUCCUGUCUGGAGAGGUGUACACGCCCCCGCCCCUCCAGCCGCGCCCUUCACACCCACACCCACAGAAACCCUUCUUCAGGAUUACAACACGCAGGCCGCUGGGUCAGGAGCUGGCUGUCAUCCCUUACAAGGAAUCCUACUCCACCUUUGAGCCCAAGUACGUCAAGGACACCAUAGCCGAGAUGGAAUUUGAGCCGAAGACGAUGCCCGCCCCGCCGCCCCCCGCCGCGCCCGCCGCCGUGCACUGGUUCCUGAUGCCCGUGCAGGGGUGGUUCGUGCUAUCCAUCAUCCUGGCGGCGCUGGUGGUGGUGCUGGGUGUGGGUAGCGCCUUGCUCUACUCCAGCCUCAGGAAGCAGAAGAGGAAGAUGAAGCGGCUGACGGGCGGCUCCGCAGUGAUGCUGUCGGCGUGCAGUGACCCAGUGAAGCAUGAGGCGUGUGGCUGCCGCGCCCUCGCCCCGCUUGUUCGCUCCCACACGCUGCUGUCCCGCGCCUCCAUCAUGACCAGCCGCGCCUCGCAACGUUCCCUGCGUUCCCUCUCUCUCCCCAGACACCCCGCCACCGUCCCCUCCCCGCCCCAGAGUCGGGCUGGUGGCGGGAUGCGGUCGCUGCCCACAUCCACCCAGCACGAGAAGGAGCGAGACACCACCUUCGACUCCAUCACCACCACCAACACACAGCUCGAAGUGGAAGACACGCCGCCGCCGCUGGCACCCAAGAAGUCCUCCCUGUCUGGUAUGCAGGACGCGAAGGGAGGAGGCCGGGAGAGCAGGCUGGGCAUAGAGGGCAGGGGCGGCAGCAGGGACAGCAGGAUCGGAGCGUAUGACGGGAGGCACGGGGUCGGCGGCCUGCAGGGUGAAGGCUAUGGGCGGGGCAGCUGCCAGCAACGACACACUAUGCCCAGUGACGUCCAGCUGACCACCAUCUACCCUCCUCCGCGGCGCUUCGAGCUGUAGGGGGGCGCCAGCCACGUCUAGACUGUGGGGACGGCGGCAGCUGCUCUGGUUGUGGCCCGUGACGCGCGGGACAGGAGAGGAGCAGGGUCUCUUGUACUUGACUGAAAUUUUCACCACCAAGUCUCCGUAAUGUUUGUGGCCAUCAGUGACUGGGUCAUACUUACCAGCAGUGCUCGAACCUCGCCGAACGACACUCGAAGUACCUUGUUUCCCCUUCAUCUUCACUUCGGUGGUUCGAACCUGACUCGCGCAGUCCAGUCGUCACGCAGAUACGCUUGUGGGUAUGUUCUGUCGUGCAUGUCUACAAUUCUCCAGUGAGAGAAAGAGUUGCAAGACCCAGAAGCUUGGCUCCCACCUCGGCCUCCUCCCCGGGCCGCACAUGAGUGACAGCCUUGCCUCUCACCACCAUGAGGUUCACGUUCCUCCUGACAAAGUCCAAUUCUCCAAGAGUCACAAACCUAAUUCAGACAUGCGUGUCCCGCCACCGCUACCUCGUGCUGCAGCAGAGCAGCCCGCGCCGACCCCCCAGCCUGGCGUGGCGCGACUCGUCGCCGACUGGACUCACCUGACACACGUGUGUGUGUAUGUGUGUUUGUGUGUAUUCACGUUUUUUCUUGGGUUGAUUGUUUUUAUUUGAUGAAAGAGUAAAAUAAAGCGUAAAAUAAAUAAGAGCACGCUAACUAAUCGGACACCACUCUUGCUUUGCAAAUACUAAUAAAUAACUUAAUGAUUUUCCAUACUCUGCUGUAUAUUUACUGGAUAUUUCCACGAAAACUCAGAAAAGUGAAUGGGUUACUGAACAUAAAGGUGAGAGGAGAUACAAGCCCCUCGCUGUCACUGAGGGAGAGGCGCUGCAUCCCGCCACGCUGGCAGCAGUAAGCAGUGGCGACGCCUCGCCAUGAAGAGAUAAUCUCCGCCUCGGAGGGCGCGGCUCGCCCCUCACAGCUUCCUCUCGCCACGCAGGGAGGGGCGUGCCGCCUCUGAGCUCUUCACAGCAGCACUCGUCCCGCAGUAGACGCAACGAGAUCCGUCACGUCUCGGAAACCGCACAGCAACUUAGUGUUUUGUGUCAACGGUUCGUCAAGAGCAGUAUUGGCGAGACAAAGGAGAAAGGCAGUGAAACACUCAUCAAUACUGUACAUGUAUAUUCAUAUUAAUUCACAGUAAAUAAACUACAUAUAACUUCUGGAAUAUUUCAUCCGAGGACUUGCAAGGCUCCGUGGGGAGGCGCUCCCUCCCCUCCCUCAGCCCGCCACAACCCACACUUACAAAGGCCGCACACUGAACAGAGCGGAAUGCUAAAGUGACCCUUCCUCCUCGCCGCGACACAGCUCCAGGGACAGCAGGUAAUACUGUGUUCACGCCGCAUCGCUGCACCGCCGCCCUGCUCGCUGUGGCAUUUGCUGCACCACAAUUACACUGGAGAGAUUAGGUGAGGGCGUCUGCCUCACUCUUCCUCCUGGCACAAGAUGCCACGCUGCCACACAGCCACGCUGCCACACUCUAGGACUUAUUGAUUAUUGUCAGCGAUAACGUGAUCACCAUCCUUACAUUUCUCAACACUACUAGUCAUAAUGACAAAAUGUUUGUGCCAGAAUAAUAAUAUUUCUAUAAAACUUCAACGCCUUAAACUGUACACAGAAACUCUUGAUAACAUUUCAUUUUUAGUAACAAGCAGGCACUACCAACAACAACCUAUAGAGGUUUUAUGUUAUAAAUAUUCAUAGGGGGAAACACUUAUUGUUCUGGACACAUCAGGUUAUCUGAAAAUCAUGCAGCGUCCCGCCUCGACCCACGACUACAUGGCGUGUGUUGUACAUUGUUGGGCACGUGAGGGUGAGCGAGGAGGCCGUCGAGGCAGGACGCUGAGUGUGCACAGCAGGGCACAGCAGAAAGUCAGAUGAAGUGCCUGUUUAGCUUCCAUCUUAAUACAGGAGAGUAUCAUUGAGAUGCCGUGGGCCUGAGGGCGAGCAGGUAUAUACAUACAUACAUAUACAUACUACAUUCAUACUCGUACAACCUGACUUGUGGCUGGUCGGCGGCGCUGCUUCGCGGCUCCUGCGGCGGGAGGGACUACAAGGCCAGUUUUUGGUUGAUGACUUGAAAGCGUUCCCUGGUGAGGUUCAUCACGUCCACCGCCAACUCCUCCACCGUGGUGUAGCGCACGCUGCUGAAGCUGAACAGGUCCUGCAGCAGGCCCACGAUCUGGUCCUGGGGGCGUAAGGGUCAGUCAGGGAACAGAGGGUGCCUUGAUAUGCGUGUGUGUACGUAUGUGUGUGAUGACAGUAAACUGAAUGUAUCUCGGAUAUAUGUGAAUGUAGUGAAGGUAGUGUUUGGUCGUAUUACUGAUGAUGUGAAGGUGGAAUGUUGUGAUGCAGAGCAAGUGAACAGUCCAGACCAAGCCAUAGAUCACUACGCUUGGCUGAGUGACAUUAGAUAAUAAGGUCCAUUAAGCAUUUGUUGACGAAAUGUAAAUAAUUCAGUGUAGUAAAGUUGUUGACGAU